UAUGAGUUGCUUUGAGUCUGAGGACUGGAUGUUAAUACGAGGCAUGGGCUCACCACACAAAUAGAUCUGGCUGCCCUGGGGAGGGACUGAGUGCUUCAAGAUGGGAGCUGAGAGUUCCCUCCCCUUCUCUGCUCCUGACAUGGAGGCGAUCACGACAGAAACUGGCUUUUCCCAAGCAAACAUCUCGCGUCUUUACCAGCGCUUCCAGGCCUUGGACAAGGAUGAAAAAGGCUACCUCAGCAAGAAUGACCUCCAAGGCAUUGGAGAGCUAGCGGUUAACCCCAUCGGGGACCGGAUCAUCAAUGCUUUCUUCCAAGAUGGGAGAGAAACUACCGACUUCCGAACGUUUGUUCACGUUCUGGCCCACUUCCGGCCCGUGGAGGGAACUGUAGGUUCAGAGAAUAUAAACAGCCGACUUAGCAAGCUAAAGUUUGCUUUUCAGCUUUAUGACCAAGACAAGGAUGGGAAGAUCUCAAGAGCCGAACUGCUGCAGGUGUUGAGAAUGAUGAUUGGGAUCCAAGUGACAGAUGAACAACUGGAGAGCAUCACAGACCGCACCAUUCAAGAGGCCGAUCGGGAUGGAGACGACGCCAUCUCAUUUGAAGAGUUCUCCAAGUCUGUAGAAAAGCUGAACAUUGAACAAAAGAUGAGUCUUCGGAUCCUGAAGUGACCUAUUGAGAGGCUGUGGAAUUUGUACCCCAGCUUGGAAAUGAACAAAUCUGAUUCGCAGUUCAAGGCAGGAAAGAUGGAGGGAUCCAGCCAACCUCUCCUCUAAUCCUAAUGGCUUGAGAUGAUUACAGCCAGCAAAGGACUGCAGCCAAUCAAGAUUCCUCAGUGAUAAUGGGACUGUGGCAGAGUCAAUUCACCACCUGGUGCCCACGGAGAUCCCUUGCCUUGUCUAAGCAGGGGCAUGCUCUCUCAUGUCAGAAACAGAUGUACCAUUUGCUCAUUUCUGGAAAAGCUGUACUCUUUCUCUCUGACUUGCUGUGCAGCAAAUACCUAGCUAGAACUUUAUAGUGUUUUUUUUAAGACAACAGUUAGCUUUCUUUCCUACACGCUGACAGAAUCUCACAAUUUUGACACUGAAAAAUGUCUUUGGAAGUAUUAAUGGGGAAAAAAUUUUAAAUGUAGUUUGAGGCACACCGUGAUAACUUGGUGUUAGUUUGGACGGCAAGGACAGUGUCUAAUUUUGGGGCUGUGCUAGAUUUGGUCGAAGGAGCCAGCAUUCAAGACCUGUUUAAUUCCAGCAAGUUGGCCACGUUAGCCUGUAGUAGCAAAAUAAAAAAGGAGUCCAGUGGCACCUUAAAGACUAAUGCAGUUUAUUCCAGCUUCAAAAUUCCCGAGUCAGAGCUCACUUCAUCAGAUGCAUGAAGCAUUGAGGCAUUAGGAAAAACAUACCUAUAUAACCAAAGCUGCAGAAAACAAAAGGGUGGGAACAGGGCACGGAAAUGUUAUCUCAUCUCAACCAUGCUUGAAGUCUAGUACAGCUAGAGUGUAUCUAAACAACAAAUGAAAAUUAGUUUUUAAAUAUGUUAUCUCUCUGAGGACAUUGCUGCUCCACUGUACUUUGGAUGAGGGUUCACAGUUUAAAAAGAGAAACAAGUGAGUUCCUAAAUGCACACAAGGCUAACUGCGCA